UAUAGUGGUCAGUGGAUAAUGAAUACGACCAACACCAAGACAGAAUUUAGUGAAAAUUAACAGCAAGAAUUGUAAUAGUAGGAUACUGGAAUAGUGGAAUCACUAGAAUUACUAAAAUCUUAGUUCUAAAUUUUGAAAUCUGAAUGUUUGUCGGUUAAAACUCUAAGGUUAAAAAAACUUUAAAUUAAAUUAUUAUAAUGGCAGCACCACCAGCCGCAUUAGUGAGUAAGGUAAAAAAACAUUUUAUUGGUAUUCCUGCGCCUCUUGGAUAUGUUGCUGGUGUUGGUCGAGGUGCUACAGGAUUUACAACACGGUCUGAUAUCGGUCCAGCACGAGAUGCCAAUGAUGUUUCCGACGAUCGACAUGCACCACACAAAAAAAAAAAAAAAGAUGAAGAAGAAGACGAUGAUGAAGAUUUGAAUGAUUCUAACUAUGAUGAAUUUAGUGGUUAUGGUGGUUCAUUAUUCAGUAAGGAUCCGUACGAUAAAGAUGACGAAGAAGCAGAUAUGAUUUAUGAAGAAAUUGAUAAACGAAUGGACGAGAAACGUAAAGAAUACAGAGAAAAACGAUUAAAAGAAGAAUUAGAGAAAUAUCGACAAGAACGACCAAAGAUUCAACAACAAUUCAGUGAUUUAAAAAGAGGAUUAACUAUGGUUAGUGAAGACGAAUGGCGCAAUAUUCCAGAGGUUGGUGAUGCUAGAAAUCGUAAACAAAGGAACCCUAGGGCUGAAAAAUUCACACCUCUACCUGAUACUGUACUUUCAAGAAGUCUUGGUGGUGAAAGUACUUCUUCUAUUGAUUCAGCAAGUGGUCUGAUGAGUCAAUAUCCACAUGGUACCGUUACACCUGGAAUGUUAACUCCAUCUGGAGACUUAGAUUUAAGAAAAAUGGGACAAGCUCGUAAUACUUUAAUGAAUGUAAAACUCAACCAAGUAUCUGACUCUGUUGAAGGACAAACAGUUGUUGAUCCUAAAGGGUAUUUGACUGAUUUACAUAGUAUGAUACCAACAUAUGGGGGAGAUAUUAAUGACAUAAAAAAAGCUAGAUUAUUGUUAAAGUCUGUUCGAGAGACUAAUCCUAAUCAUCCACCAGCUUGGAUAGCAUCAGCUCGUCUUGAAGAAGUAACAGGAAAAAUUCAAGCUGCCCGUAACGUUAUAAUGAAAGGUUGUGAAGAUAAUCCAAAAUCUGAAGAUCUAUGGCUCGAAGCUGCUCGUUUACAACCUCCAGAAACUGCCAAAGCUGUUAUCGCCCAAGCUGUUAGGCACAUUCCAACAUCAGUUCGUAUUUGGAUUAAAGCUGCUGACUUAGAAUCUGAAACUAAAGGUAAAAGAAAAGUUUACAGAAAAGCCUUAGAACAUAUUCCAAAUUCAGUUAGAUUAUGGAAAGCAGCUAUUGAGUUGGAAGAUCCAGAAGAUGCUCGGAUUUUAUUAAGUCGUGCUGUUGAAUGUUGUCCUACUAGUGUUGAUCUAUGGUUAGCUUUAGCUCGAUUAGAAACAUAUGAAAAUGCACGUAAAGUUUUAAAUAAAGCUCGUGAAAAUAUUCCUACUGACAGACAAAUUUGGACUACUGCUGCUAAAUUAGAAGAAGCUAAUGGUAAUAUCAAUAUGGUAGAAAAAAUCAUAGACCGCGCUAUAUCUUCAUUAAGUGCUAAUGGUGUUGAAAUUAACAGAGAACAAUGGAUUAAAGAAGCUAUAGAAGCUGAAAAAUGUGGUUCAGUAAAAACUUGUCAAGCUCUUAUUAAAGCUAUAAUUGGAUAUGGAAUAGAAGAUGAAGAUCGUAAACAUACUUGGAUGGAGGAUGCUGAUUCUUGCGCUAGUCAAUUUGCUUAUGAGUGUGCAAGAGCCAUUUUUUCUCAUUCAUUAGCUGCGUUUCCUAGUAAAAAAUCUAUUUGGUUGAGAGCUGCUUAUUUUGAAAAAAAUCAUGGCACAAGAGAUUCUUUAGAAACAUUGUUACAAAAAGCUGUUGCUCAUUGUCCAAAAUCUGAAGUAUUAUGGUUGAUGGGAGCCAAAUCAAAAUGGUUAGCUGGUGACGUACCAGCUGCUCGUGGUAUUUUAUCUUUAGCAUUUCAAGCAAAUCCAAACUCAGAAGAAAUUUGGCUUGCUGCUGUCAAAUUAGAGUCUGAGAAUUCAGAAUUUGAUCGUGCAAGACGUUUAUUAUCUAAAGCCAGAGCUUCAGCCCCAACUCCAAGAGUAAUGAUGAAAUCUGCUAAACUUGAAUGGUGUUUGAACAAUUUAGAUACAGCUUUACAAAUUCUUGAGGAAGCUCUUGUUAAAUUUCCAGAUUAUGCUAAAUUAUGGUUAAUGAAAGGCCAGAUUGAAGAACAACAAGAAGAUGUAGAUAGAGCACAUGAAACUUUUAAUUCUGCAUUGAAGAAAUGUCCUAGUUCUAUUCCUUUAUGGAUCUGGUUAGCCAGAUUAGAUGAGAAAAGAAAAAUGUUAACCAAAGCAAGAUCAGUAUUGGAAAAAGGUCGUUUGAAAAAUCCACAUAAUCCAGAACUAUGGUUAGAAGCUAUACGUAUAGAAUUUCGUGCAGGUAUGAGAGAUAUAGCAAACACAAUGAUGGCCAAAGCAUUACAAGAAUGUCCAAAUGCAGGUAUACUAUGGUCAGAAGCUAUAUUUUUAGAAGCAAGACCACAACGUAAAACAAAAAGUGUAGAUGCUUUAAAGAAAUGCGAACAUGAUGUAAAUGUACUUUUGGCUGUCUCCAAAUUAUUUUGGAGUGAACGUAAAUUACAAAAAUGCCGUGAAUGGUUUAAUAGAACUGUGAAAAUUGAUCCAGAUUUUGGAGAUGCUUGGGCAUAUUUCUAUAGAUUUGAAGUAUUACAUGGAACUGAAGAAGUACAACAGGAUAUUAAAAAGAGGUGUAUUGCAGCAGAACCUCAUCAUGGUGAAGCAUGGUGUAUUGUAUCAAAAAACAUUGAUAACUGGAGACUUACAACUGAAAAUGUUUUAAUGUUAGUUGCUAAAGAUUUACCUAUCCCUAUUUAAGUAACAUAAUUUUAAUAUUUGUUCUUUUAUAGACUGGAUUAGUAUGUAAAAUGUAAAUAAUUACUAAAAAUUAAUUUUUUUAUUAAGUUAUUCUGAUGUUAUUAAAGAGUGAGAUUAUAUUCAGUUUGAAAUAAUU